UGACUAAGCAGCAGUGAGAAUCCAAGCUUCAGAGCUGUUCUAGGAAACAGGUCUGCCAUCACCUGCAGCUGUGCUGGAAUCUGUAACUUGAAUGGGUUCAUCUCUGUGGAAAUCCUGAGUGCAAAAAUAUCUGACAAGAUUGACACCAGCUCUUGUCACCAUGAAGAUACCUCUUCACAUCAAGUAUUUUCAGCGCCUAGCAAUUCCUGGUUCUGUGAGAGCAUUGCAUAAAGAUUACAGAACAGCAACUCCUCAGAAUUUCUCCAGCUAUGAAUCCAUGAAACAGGAUUUCAAACUGGAGAUUCCAGAAUAUUUCAAUUUUGCCAGUGAUGUCCUUGAUCAAUGGACUAACAUAGAAAAGGCUGGGAAAAAACCUUCCAAUCCAGCAUUCUGGUGGAUAAAUGGAAGUGGAGAAGAGGUGAGGUGGAGUUUUGAGGAACUUGGAUCUUUGUCCAGGAAAUUUGCCAAUAUACUUACAGAAGCCUGUGCCUUGCAAAGGGGAGAUCGAGUAAUUGUGAUUUUACCCAGGAUCCCAGAGUGGUGGCUUGCAAAUGUGGCCUGUCUGCGGACAGGGACAGUUUUAAUUCCAGGAACCACUCAGCUGACCCAGAAAGACAUCCUCUACAGAUUACAAUCUUCCAAAGCAAAAUGCAUUAUUACCAAUGACAUUUUAGCCCCAGCAGUAGAUGCUGUUGCUCCUAAGUGUGAAGAUCUGCACUCCAAGCUAAUUGUGUCUCAGAACUCCAGAGAGGGGUGGGGGAACCUCGAGGAGAUGAUGAAACAUGCCAGUGACAACCACACCUGUGUGAAGACAAAACAUAAUGAGAUGAUGGCCAUUUACUUCACCAGUGGAACAACUGGACCUCCUAAAAUGAUUGGACACACCCAUAGCAGUUUUGGUUUAGGAUUAUCCGUAAAUGGAAGGUUCUGGCUGGAUUUGACACCAUCAGAUGUGAUGUGGAAUACCUCGGACACAGGCUGGGCAAAGUCUGCAUGGAGUAGUGUUUUUUCUCCAUGGAUUCAGGGAGCAUGCGUCUUUGCACACUAUUUGCCCCGUUUUGAGCCAAUUUCCAUCUUGCAAACACUCUCCAAGUUUCCUAUCACAGUCUUCUGUUCAGCACCAACUGCAUAUCGAAUGCUUAUACAGAAUGACAUGACGAGUUACAAGUUCAGAAGUUUAAAGCACUGUGUGAGUGCCGGGGAACCAAUCAACCCUGAAGUGACUGAACAAUGGAGAAAGCAGACCGGCCUGGAUAUCUAUGAAGGAUAUGGACAGACGGAAACGGUGCUAAUCUGUGGAAAUUUUAAGGGAAUGAAAAUCAAGCCUGGCUCAAUGGGAAAGCCUUCUCCUGCUUUUGAUGUUAAGAUUUUAGAUGUAAAUGGUAAUGUUCUACCUCCUGGACAAGAAGGAGACAUUGGCAUUCAAGUUCUACCUAAUCGACCAUUUGGUCUUUUCACUCAUUAUGUAGAUAAUCCUUCAAAAACAUCUGCAACUCUCCGAGGCAAUUUCUAUAUCACUGGAGACAGGGGGUAUAUGGAUGAAGAUGGGUAUUUCUGGUUUGUCGCAAGAUCAGAUGAUGUCAUAUUAUCCUCUGGUUACCGAAUUGGACCAUUUGAAGUAGAGAGUGCCCUAGCUGAGCACCCUUCAGUGUCAGAGUCAGCUGUUGUCAGCAGCCCAGAUCCCAUCAGAGGAGAGGUGGUAAAGGCUUUUAUUGUUCUGAACCCUGAAUACGAGUCACAGGAUCAAGAACAAUUGAAAAAGGAGAUUCAGGAGCAUGUGAAAAAAACUACAGCACCCUACAAAUACCCCAGAAAGGUAGAAUUUAUUCAAGAGCUGCCAAAGACUAUCAGUGGGAAGAUAAAAAGAAAUGAACUGAGGAAGAAGGAAUGGAAAACAAUAUAA